CUGAUAGUGGUUCUCUCGUCGAUCGUGGCCUUGUUCGCUGUCGCCACGGCCGGGCUCUUUCUGGUGUACGCGCCGCUCUUCGCCGGCCACAAGUACGACUUUUCUGGAUACGUCUGCUCGCCGUUUGAGGCGAGCCCGUCCGAGGCGCGCGCGCGCGGUUGCGAAUUCGACAACUUUACGAUGCAGUGGUACCCCAAGGAACGGUACGAGCGGCGCGAGACGAUGGAGCUCCACGACCGCUUCAUGGCCAUGGGUUGGCCACGGUCCCUCGAUAAGGCUCAGCAACACAUAAUCGAGGACCUGGAGCGGGCGCCCAUGAAGAUCUAUAUUACCUCCAAGGAGCACAUUUGGCAUUGUGGCUACUCACUGCUGCAGGUACACCUCUGGUUCACCAUGGGCUUCGACCCGCCAACGACCUAUGGCCAUACGGAGCACUGCGUCAACACCAUGCUGGACCUCAUUGAGCGGUACCCGCCACCCGACCUGAACGAGGUC